UGUGCACACCGUACAAUCUCGGUCUCUGCAUCCUCCAACGCUCGCAGUCUGUAAUUUGCCAUCGCUCAGUCCUGUUGAAGUUUGUGAGCACAGAACUGCAAGCAAUCAUUCAUCAGCGUAGCUAAGGUUAACUAGCUAGCGAAGAUUAGUUGAUACAUUCGUGUGUGAAUUUGAGAUAAUAGUAUAUAGCUGGUAAAACAAAGACAGAACGACCUGGUACAACAGCAAAAUGAGCUGAAACGGCAACAUCUGCUAAUUUGUAUUGCUGUAUAAACUGACGCUCAGGCAAAUAGCUAUUUUGUUUUGGUCAGUGCUAUCUGUUUUGCCACCUCAUUUUGAAUUGUAUGGGAAGUGUGGAGGGACAAAAAGAUCACAAAAAAGUGAAGCGACAGACUGGUCUGUUCUCAGUAGAACGUUUUGUUGUGUCGUGGCAGACCGUGUGUUCAUUGUGAAGACUUGUAAGCACUGACAAGGUUUGUUGCCAAUUUUAAGUUUUAAAAGUGUGUUAACAACAAUCGCAACCUCGAACAAGGCGUUGAAAACUUCAGAGUAAAGACAGCAAUGGAAAGGUGGAAGAGUCACGUGCGCACUAGACUGUUCCAGAGAGAUUGUACACAAAAGGACCCCUUCAGUGGUAUCUUCAACACUUUGUCCAAGCUAGCAGAGCAGCUUGACUUACGGGAUACACUUUGGGAUGAGUUACAGAGACCCAGUUCUGAAGGAGAUGGUGGGCUGAUGGUUGACCACAGAGAACUACACCUCCAGCUCAGAGAGAGUGAACAUAUAACAGAAAAGCUCUCUCAGACAGUCUCUGACCUGACCACAGUCCUGUACCUGAAAGACGCUGAGCUUCAAUACUGCCACUCACAAGUCUCCCGCUAUCGGAAGGAAGCUGUCACUCAAGCCAGGGGGGCCAAUGUUCUGCAGGCCAGCCUAUCAGAGUUUGAGUUUGCAUUGGAGAGCCAAUCAAAGGAGUUGGCAGCCCUGCGGUUGGAGCAGCGGGAGCUGAGGGAGGGGCUUGCAGCGGCCUGGAGAGAGAAAGAAGAGCUUCUGGAGCGAUGGAUGGAUGAGAAGAAGGAGGAGGCGGAGAGGGUGAACAGGCACAAUGACACACAGGAAAGGUGGCAUCGUUUCACCCGGCGACUCAACAAGCAUCACCGUAGAGAGAUGCUGCGACCAGGUGAGCAGACCAACUCCUGGACGACUGGUAGGCCUACAACAGAACGAGCAACCGCCAUACAGACAGACACAGAACACACAGCAGUGGCAGGCACACGCUUGUGUCCCAACUAAUGUCAAGGUCUGCUUUGACCAGAGGAGGAUGCACUGCCCAGGAUGGACCUUAACCUUUUUUCCUAAAAGCUUCCUGUACUAAAACACUAAUUCCUGUAAGACACACCGAAAAAACUACAGACCUUGAAUGUGACUUGAAAAUGUUUUUUGUAUGUUUGUAUAUAUUGAAGGAUAUUUGGAUGUGGGCCACUUACUUUUAAUCAAAACUGUUGUGAAUUUCAGAUACUGUAUGUACAGGCUUGUAAAUUAGUACCUAAGACCUAACUCAAUGUUUUAAUGUUAUUAACUGUUUUCAAAUACCAUGAGAAAUAAAGUACAACUGUUCA